AUGAGACGGCAUUUGCCUUAUUGUACAUCCUCCUUUUUGGGACUGUUGCCUUUUUGGAUUCUGUGUACAUCUUCUACCAACAAAUGUACUGUGAGACAUGAAGUGGCUGACUGCAGUCAUCUAAAGUUGACUUACAUCCCUGAUGACCUCCCUUUCAACAUAACAGUGUUGAAUCUUACCCAUAAUCAACUCCGAGGAUUGCCACCUGCCAAUUUUACAAGAUAUAGCCAACUUACUGUCUUGGAUGGAGGUUUUAAUUCCAUUUCAAAACUGGAGCCAGAAUUGUGCCAAAACCUUCCCAUGCUGAAAGUUUUGAGCCUCCAACACAAUGAGCUAUCUCAACUUUCUGAUAAAAUGUUUAUGUUCUGCGUGAAUUUGACUGAACUUCAUCUAAUGUCUAACUCAAUCCACAAAAUUCAAAACAAUCCCUUUAAAAAACAGAAGAAUUUAAUCAAAUUAGAUUUGUCUCAUAAUAGUUUAUCAUCUACAAAACUAGGAACUCAGCUCCAACUGGAAAAUCUCCAAGAGCUUCUAUUAACAAAUAAUAAAAUUAAAGCACUUAGAAGUGAGGAACUUGAUUUCCUUGGCAAGUCUUCUUUACAAAAAUUGGAGUUAUCAUCAAAUCAAAUUAAAGAGUUCUCUCCAGGGUGUUUUCAUGCAAUUGGAAAACUUUUUGGCCUCUUGAACAAUGUCCAACUGGGCCCCAGUCUCGCAGAGAAUCUUUGUUUGGAAUUAUCAAACACAAGUAUCCAGAAUCUGUCUCUGAGUAACAUCCAGCUGAAUAGAAUUACCAACAUGACUUUCUUUGGACUAAAGCAGACGAGUCUUACCAUGCUUGAUCUUUCCCACAACAGCUUAAAUGUGAUUGGUAAUAAUUCCUUUGUCUGGCUUCCACAUCUGAAAUAUUUCUUCCUGGAGUACAAUAAUAUACAGCAUUUGUCUUCUUACUCUUUUUAUGGACUUUCCAAUCUCAGAUACCUGAAUCUGAAAAGAUCUUUUACUAAACAAAGUAUUUCCCUUACUUCCCUCCCCAAGAUUGAUGAUCUUUCCUUUCAGUGGCUUAAGUGUUUAGAGUUCCUUAACAUGGAAGAAAACAAUAUUCCAGGCACAAAAAGCAAUAUGUUCACAGGAUUGAUAAAUCUGAAGUAUUUAAGUCUAUCCAACACUUUCACAAGUUUGAAAACUUUAACAAAUGAAACAUUUUUAUCACUUGCUUAUUCUCCUUUACUCAUACUCAACUUAACAAAAAAUCAAAUCUCAAAAAUAGAGAGUGGUGCUUUCUUUUGGUUGGGCCACCUAAAGGUACUUGACCUUGGACUUAAUCAAAUUGAGCAAGAAAUCACAGGCGAGGAAUGGAGAGGUCUAGAAAAUAUUUUUGAAAUCUACCUUUCCUACAACAAAUACUUAAGACUGACCAGCAGUUCCUUUGCAUUGGUUCCCGGCCUUCAACGACUGAUGCUCCGGAGAGUGGCUCUUAAAAAUGUGGACAUCUCCCCUUCACCUUUCCACCCUCUUCGUAACUUGACCAUUCUGGAUCUAAGCAAUAACAACAUGGCUAACAUAAAUGAUGGAAUGUUGGAGGGUCUUGAGAAACUAGAAAUUCUGGAUUUGCAGCAUAACAAUUUAGCACGGUUCUGGAAGCUUGCAAACCCUGGUGGUCCUGUUCAUUUUCUAAAGGGUCUUUCUCACCUCCACAUCCUUAAUUUAGAGUCCAAUGGCUUUGACGAAAUCCCAGUUGAGGCAUUUAAGGACUUAUUUGAACUAAAGAGCAUCAAUUUAGGCUUGAACAAUUUAAACAUAUUCCCACCAUCGGUCUUUGAUGACCAGGUGUCUCUAAAGUCAUUGAACCUUCAGAAGAAUCUCAUAACAUCAAUUGAGAAGAAUGUUUUUGGGCCAGCUUUCAAGAACCUCAGCAAUUUGGAUAUGAGCUUUAAUCCAUUUGAUUGCACAUGUGAAAGUAUUGCCUGGUUUGUUAAUUGGAUUAAUAAGACCCAUACUAACAUCUCUGAGCUCUCAACUCAUUACCUCUGCAACACUCCACCUCGAUAUCAUGGAUUCCCAGUGAUGCUUUUUGAUACAUCACCUUGCAAAGACAGUGCCCCCUUUGAACUUCUUUUCAUGAUCAAUACCAGUGUGCUAUUGAUUUUUGUCUUUGCUGUACUGCUCAUCCAUUUUGAGGGUUGGAGGAUAACUUUUUAUUGGAAUGUCUCAGUACAUCGAGUUCUUGGUUUCAAGGAACUAGAGGGACAGCCAGAGAUGUUUGAAUAUUCAGCAUACAUAAUUCAUGCCCAUAGAGAUAGAGAUUGGGUCUGGGAACACUUCUCAUCAAUGGAAGAAAAAGACCAAUCGCUCAAAUUUUGUUUGGAAGAAAGGGACUUUGAGGCAGGUGUCCUUGGACUUGAAGCAAUUGUUAAUAGCAUUAAACGAAGCAGAAAAAUUGUUUUUGUGGUAACAGAGCAUCUAUUAAAAGAUCCAUUAUGCAAAAGAUUCAAGGUACACCAUGCAGUUCAGCAAGCUAUUGAACAAAAUCUGGAUUCCAUUAUAUUGAUUUUUCUUGAAGAUAUUCCAGAUUAUAAACUAAACCAUGCACUCUGUUUGCGAAGAGGAAUGUUUAAAUCUCACUGCAUCUUGAACUGGCCAGUUCAGAAAGAACGGAUAAAUGCUUUUCAUCAUAAAUUGCGAGUAGCACUUGGAUCCCGAAAUUCAGUGCAUUAA